GCCCGCUGUGUUGACAUGGUGAAGUAGUGAGGCGAGAGCGGCCGUUUGACAGCGAGAUCCCCCCCCCGCCCGCCCGCUCGGCCCGUCCCGGCUCGUCCCGCCCCCCGCCCGCCCGACGCGGUACUUACUAAUCUCUUUAACAUCACAGUCCUAACUGCUGAGAAAGAUGGGAGGAGCUGUCAGCGCUGGUGAAGAUAAUGAUGAUUUAAUUGACAACCUGAAAGAAGCACACUACAUCCGAACAGAGGUGGUCGAACAAGCUUUUCGGGCCAUAGAUCGUGCCGAUUAUUACUUGGAGAUUUACAAAGAUAAUGCCUACAAAGACUUGGCUUGGAAAAAUGGUAACAUCCAUUUGUCUGCACCGUGCAUUUACUCCGAGGUCAUGGAAGCACUCGACCUACAGCCCGGGCUGGCCUUUUUGAACCUUGGAAGUGGCACUGGGUAUUUGAGUACAAUGGUUGGUUUGAUUUUAGGGCCAUUUGGAGUCAAUCAUGGAAUAGAGCUACACGUUGAUGUUGUUGAAUAUGCCAACCAAAAGCUUGAAAACUUCAUCAAGACAAGUGACAGCUUUGAUAAGUUUGAAUUCUGCGAGCCAUCCUUUGUGGUGGGUAACUGUCUGGAGAUUGCUUCAGACAGCCGUCAGUACGACAGAGUCUACUGUGGGGCCGGAGUUCAAAAAGAUCACGAAGAGUACAUGAGGAACCUCAUCAAAGUUGGUGGAAUCCUUGUCAUGCCACUGGAAGAGAAGCUAACUAAAAUAAUGCGUACAGGAUUGAAUACUUGGGAAACAGAAAAGAUUUUGGCUGUCUCUUUUGCUCCUCUAAUCCAACCUUGUAAUGCAGACAGUGGAAAAGUGCGAACAGUCCAAUUGCCGCCAGUCAGCGUUGGAAGCCUGCAAGAAUUAACUCGGAUCUGUAUUCGGCGGACUCUUAAGAACACAAUAAACCAGGAGAAGACAAGCAAUGGCGUCCCCCCAAAGGUCCCCUCCAGGUUUAAACGCAGGCGGAUCCGUAAGAGGCGGAUGGAUGCAAUCGUCUUGGUGGAUAAGCAGGUCUUUGCAAGUCGAAUUUCAAAUCCUUUCGACAACAACAACAACAAUGAGGACUUGGAGGAGGUGAGAAGAGAAGACGAUGAGAAAGAAUACUGCGACUUCAAACCAGAGCCUCCACUCCAUUUGCUGCAGGAAAAGAUCUUCAGCUUGCCUUUACCAGAGCCAUUAAAAUUAUACCUUCUGUACUACAGAGAUAAAUAAGUCUUGGAACUAACUGCUGGUUAUAACUGUAAUAUUGCACUUGAGUUAAAGUUUAAAAACAAAGGGGACAUAUACUGCAAUGAAAUAAGUGAGCACUUUUACAGGCUUGUUUUGAUUAGCAAUUUCCUAUUAAUAGUUUCAUACUGAAUUUGUUUUUCUCAUUUAAAAAAGGUUUCUAGCAUAAUUUGUGUAGAGUAUUCGCAAAACUAACGUAUGCUUUGCUCUCUGUACAUUUACUGCCUCGCCUGUCGCAAGCACUUCUUCAAAAACAGCAGACAUGGUCGACAGGAGACAUUUUAAAUGGUUAUUCCUGCGAAACGACUGCUUCUGGCGGCUUGGACCUUACUAUUUAAACAAAAUAUUGUGAUUUGUAUUAACUUAGUUGAGUACUGUUUAGCUCUGAGUAAAGAUGGCGAUUCCAGCACAAUUCUGUGCUUCACAUGCCAACAUUAUUUUGUAAAGGAAACGUUAAGAUGUAACUCUAGAACUUUUUCAUAUUCGCUUAAUUUAAAAAUAAAUGUUACUGCUGUAACAAUGUAAUUCUUUUUGCAGAUUGCUUGGUAGAUGAACUGAUGUUAUCAAAUACUUGUUCAGUCAUUUCUCUACAAUAAAUAAAGCAAAAUAAAACUUGG